GUGUUCUAAGGAACUGGAACCAUGACGGACUCCAAAUACUUCACGACCAAUAAAAAAGGAGAGAUUUUUGAACUGAAGGCUGAACUCAAUAAUGAGAAGAAAGAGAAGAGGAAAGAAGCCGUAAAGAAGGUUAUUGCAGCCAUGACUGUGGGCAAGGAUGUCAGCUCACUCUUGCCUGAUGUCGUGAACUGCAUGCAGACCGACAACCUGGAGUUGAAGAAGCUGGUCUACCUGUACCUGAUGAACUACGCCAAAAGUCAGCCAGAUAUGGCCAUCAUGGCUGUCAACAGCUUUGUGAAGGACUGUGAAGACCCAAACCCUCUGAUCCGUGCUCUGGCCGUCCGUACAAUGGGAUGCAUCAGGGUGGACAAGAUCACGGAGUAUUUGUGUGAGCCUCUUCGCAAGUGUCUGAAGGAUGAAGACCCUUACGUGCGAAAGACUGCCGCUGUCUGUGUGGCGAAGCUGCACGACAUCAAUGCCCAGAUGGUGGAGGACCAAGGAUUUCUGGAUUCUCUGCGUGACCUGAUUGCAGACUCCAAUCCCAUGGUGGUAGCAAACGCUGUGGCUGCCUUGUCGGAAAUCAGCGAGUCGCACCCCAACAGCAACCUGCUGGAUUUGAACCCUCAGAACAUCAACAAGCUGCUGACGGCUUUGAAUGAGUGCACAGAGUGGGGCCAGAUCUUCAUCCUGGACUGCCUGUCCAACUACAACCCCAAGGACGAUCGCGAAGCGCAGAGCAUUUGUGAACGGGUGACCCCUCGGCUGUCUCACGCCAACUCGGCAGUGGUGCUGUCUGCAGUGAAGGUCUUGAUGAAGUUCCUGGAACUCCUUCCCAAGGACUCUGACUAUUACAACAUGCUGCUGAAGAAACUUGCCCCUCCGCUGGUGACCCUGCUGUCUGGAGAGCCCGAAGUUCAGUACGUUGCCCUGAGGAACAUCAACUUGAUUGUGCAGAAAAGGCCUGAAAUCCUGAAGCAGGAAAUCAAGGUGUUCUUCGUCAAGUACAACGACCCCAUCUAUGUCAAACUGGAGAAACUGGACAUCAUGAUCCGCCUCGCUUCGCAAGCAAACAUCGCCCAGGUCCUGGCAGAGCUGAAGGAGUAUGCGACCGAGGUGGACGUUGACUUUGUGCGCAAGGCUGUCCGGGCGAUCGGGCGCUGUGCCAUCAAGGUGGAGCAAUCUGCAGAGCGCUGCGUGAGCACGCUGCUGGACCUCAUCCAGACCAAGGUCAACUACGUGGUCCAGGAGGCCAUCGUUGUCAUCAGAGACAUCUUCCGCAAGUACCCCAACAAGUAUGAAAGCAUCAUUGCCACUCUGUGCGAGAACCUGGAUUCCCUGGAUGAGCCAGAUGCCAGAGCUGCCAUGAUCUGGAUAGUGGGCGAAUAUGCGGAAAGAAUUGACAAUGCAGAUGAGCUGUUGGAGAGUUUUUUGGAGGGCUUCCAUGAUGAAAGCACUCAGGUGCAGCUCACCCUGCUCACGGCUAUAGUGAAGCUGUUCUUAAAGAAGCCUUCGGACACACAGGAACUGGUUCAGCAGGUGCUAAGCCUUUUGUCUCAGGAUUCUGACAACCCAGACCUGCGGGAUCGUGGCUACAUCUACUGGCGCCUUCUUUCCACGGAUCCAGUGACUGCCAAAGAAGUGGUGCUCUCGGAAAAGCCACUUAUUUCUGAAGAGACCGACCUGAUUGAACCGACUCUGCUGGACGAGCUGAUCUGCCAUAUCGGGUCUCUGGCUUCUGUGUACCACAAACCGCCCAACGCUUUUGUGGAGGGGAGCCACGGGAUCCACCGCAAACACUUGCCAAUUCACCACGGAAGCACUGAUGCCGGCGAUAGCCCCGUGGGCACCACGGCCACUACGAACCUGGAGCAGCCACAGGUCAUUCCAUCGCAGGGCGACCUGCUGGGUGACCUCCUCAACCUGGACCUGGGCCCACCGGUGAAUGUUCCCCAAGUGUCCUCCAUGCAGAUGGGUGCUGUGGACCUCCUGGGAGGAGGGCUGGACAGCUUGCUUGGCAGUGACCUUGGCGGGGGCAUUGGAGGAAGCCCGGCAGUGGGGCAGACCUACAUCCCCUCCUCCGUGCCAGCCACCUUUGCCCCUUCGCCCACCCCAGCGGUGGUGAGCAGCGGACUCAACGAUCUCUUCGAGCUCUCGUCUGGUAUGGGCAUGGCUCCUGGAGGAUAUGUGGCUCCGAAGUCUGUUUGGUUGCCUGCGGUGAAGGCUAAAGGAUUGGAGAUCUCGGGCACGUUCAGUCACAGGCAGGGCCACAUCUACAUGGAGAUGAACUUUACCAACAAGGCUUUGCAGCACAUGACCGACUUUGCCAUUCAGUUCAAUAAGAACAGCUUUGGGGUCAUCCCGAGCACCCCACUGGCCAUUCACACACCUCUGAUGCCAAACCAAAGUAUUGAUGUGUCCCUGCCCCUCAACACUCUGGGACCAGUCAUGAAAAUGGAGCCUCUGAACAACCUCCAG